UGACUACGAGAUUCUGUACCUAGACCUAGCUUUGGGGCAGAUGAGAAGUGGAACUGCAGAAGAUGGUGAUGGCGAACUCCUUUAAUCAUGAGAUUCAGCACAUCAAUAAUCGAAACAGAAGCUCAUUUUUCUCAUGGGUAUUCCGGUAAAUAGGUUGGGCGCAUAAUUAAUGUGACAGUUCAUCACUUAUCUGAUUAAUGAUGGAGCAGAGAGGGUCAUUGGGGUUGGGAAGCUGAAGGGUAGAAGCCAGACUGCCAGAGGUUGAGGUUGAGAACAGAAAGAUGAACGCCGGAAACAAAUGGGUAGCAACCGUUGCCAGCAUAUGGAUACAGUGCACCAGUGGCUCCUCCUACGCUUUCGGUAUUUAUUCACCCAUACUGAAAUCCAGUCAGAAUUACGAUCAAUCCACCCUCGAUUCCAUUGCGGUCUUCAAAGAUAUCGGAGCUAACGCUGGUCUUCUCUCCGGCCUACUUUACUCCGCCGUCGCAAUCCCUUCUUCACCUUCUCAUUCAUCAUCAUCAUCAUCGUCAUCUUCUUCUGCCUCCUGUUAUUGGAUUCGCGGGCCAUGGGUUGUUCAUGCGACCGGAGCGAUCCAAUGCUUUAUGGGUUACUUCUUUAUAUGGCUUUCGGUCACCGGAAUCAUUCCUCGCCCGCCUGUCCCGCUCAUGUGCUUCUUCAUGUUUCUUGCAGCUCAUGCUCAGACCUUCUUCAACACUGCCGAUGUCGUCACAGCCGUCCAAAACUUCCCCGAUUAUAGUGGCACCAUCGUCGGCAUCAUGAAGGGCUUUCUUGGUCUGAGUGGAGCAAUACUAAUUCAAGUUUAUGACACAAUAUAUGAGGGCAAUCCAAGCUCUUUUCUUCUCAUGCUUGCACUGUUACCAACAGUUGUCCCCUUCAUACUCAUGUGUCUUGUGAGAAUCUAUCAUACCAACACAGGAGAUGACAAGAAGCUCUUGAAUGGUUUCUCAGUUAUUGCUCUUAUUACUGCUGCUUAUCUUAUGGUCAUAAUUAUUUUGGAAAACGUCAUAAGUCUGAAAUUGUGGGCACGCAUACUUGCAUUUGUAGUCCUCCUCCUUUCGCUUUCCUCCCCUCUUAGCGUUGCAAUUGGAGCCCAGCUGAGAGACAGCCAGAGGUUAUUGCAGACUUCGUCACUUGAGAGGACCCGAUUUAUGGAUGAACCAAAUCCACUAGAAGCCAAGAAGACAUAUGUGGCACAUGAUCCUGUUGGUUAUCAAGAGGUGCCCAGUGAUGUGGAUCACGAAUUGAUUACCAAUGAUAAGAGGAUAACCCUACGGGAAGAAGAAUUGAAUCUCUUGCAAGCCAUGCGCACAGGGAAUUUCUGGAUGCUGUUUAUCACUAUGUCAUGUGGUAUGGGCUCAGGACUGGCCACUGUAAAUAACAUCAGCCAAAUAGGAGGAUCUCUGGGUUACAGUAGUGUGGAAAUGAGUACUUUGGUUUCUCUCUGGAGCAUCUGGAAUUUUGUUGGCCGUUUUGGAGCUGGGUACAUAUCUGAUUAUUUCUUGCAUCUGAGAGGCUGGGCAAGGCCAUUAUUCAUGGUCAUUACUCUAGCAUCCAUGAGCAUUGGCCAUGCAGUGAUUGCCACUGGGCUGCCUGGGGCUUUAUAUGCUGGCUCAGUAUUGGUGGGUGUCUGUUAUGGUUCACAGUGGUCAUUGAUGCCCACCAUCACCUCAGAGAUAUUUGGUGUUCGGCAUAUGGGCACCAUAUUCAACACCAUCUCCAUUGCAAGUCCGGUUGGAUCUUAUAUUCUGUCUGUGAGGGUAGUUGGGUAUAUUUAUGACAAGGAAGCAUCUGAUGGUGGGAGCACAUGCAGCGGUGCUCACUGUUUUAUGUUAUCCUUUCUCAUUAUGGCGUCGGUUACCCUUUUGGGGUCUGUUGUUGCAUUCGUAUUGUUCUUGAGGACAAGAAGGUUUUAUAAGCUGGUUAUAUGCAGAAGAAUACAACAUUUUGCAAGCCAUGAGGAGGGAAUUUGAUUGCUGGUUAAGGAUAUUGACCAUAACAAUGUUCCUUCUACAUCCUUAUUGUCUACCAGUCAAUGUUUUGUACUGUGCAGAGUUAGGGAUCCCAUUUACUUGUAUGUUGAGGAAUGUAAAUUUAUUUUAAUGUUGGUCUUUCAUCCAUGGCAAGAUUUUUUUGUAUUCAUUUUGGACAGAUAUGAGUUAAGCCUAUUUUCAGCGAUGAAAGUAGAUUGUCCUUCCCAAUGUGUGGAAAUUAUGAGUCUUGGCAAAAUAUUGUUUUCUAUACUUUUAAGUAUUUACUGGGAUAACAAUAUAUUGAAAUUUCAUUCCAGCAAUUGUAAUUUUAUCAAUACAUUCAAUAUAUUAAGAAGCUAUUGUUAUCUCUUCCA